UAAGGGAAACCAGUGGAGAUAUAUAAUAUAGAUAGUAAGUUCCCGUUGUACAGUAUAUUUGUCUUAUUCGUAAGUUGACUUCUCUUUUAUUACACGCGGAUCGUUAAAUUUAUUCAUCCAAGAAAUGUCCAGCUUUAAAGACAGUGUCACCAUGGAAUUAGAAGGCGAGGAAAUUCUGGAGGAGGGAGAGUAUAUUGAAGAAGACGAAGUUGAAUAUGGAUGUACUUUUGGAACUUGUUUUUCGACAAGUUUCGUUAAGCCGGUAAACAUUACUGAACUCAAGUUUGUGUCUAAAGAUGUAUUUGUGAUGACUAUUGGUAAAACGUUUAUGUUUUACGAUUUGAAAACUCACAAACAAGAAUUGGUGACGGUAGGCGUUAAGAACGGUUUACCUAUAAAUAGUAUAGGAUGCUUGGACUGCUGUUCCGAAGACGUUGAUGUCGUGGCUGUGGCCGACAAGCCCCCUAUGCGCAAAGUAAUCGUGUUCAGGUAUCCAGACAUGAAAGUUUUGUCUACCCUCGAAGACGAAGACGUUCUCGUUGCCUACAAAGCUUUGUUGUUUCUGAAAACUACUUAUAUUAUCGGAUUGCUGGAUUACCCGCUGUUCGAUCUAGUCAUAUGGGCUUGGAGAUCCAGAGAGAAACUCUUCUCCAUCAAUACCGGGUGCGUCCAGCCAAAUCAGACUUUGGGUCUCAUUACGAUGUCCUGCCAUAACGUAUACCUCAACCAAACUGAACGUGGACAAGUACGAUGCAAUCUUCAACUGUGGACGUUAAUGAUCAGCUCUAAAACUGUGUACGCUGAUAAGGCGGUUGUUCGUUUACCGUCGGACGACACGGACGUGUUGACAAGCUGUUGGACAACUAGUGGAUGGUUCUUGUUUUGCGACGGUUCCAUGAACGUUUACCGCGUUCGACCGGACGGCGGAGGCGCUACAGACCCGGAAAUUUGCGUCGAAUAUCACGGUGAUAGCAACGAGAAUUUUCAACCUCUGCUGAGUUCAUUUUUCAAAGGGUUCGUCGUGUACAAUCCAACCGGUCUUACUAGGUUCAGAGAAGUUCAAAACGGUAGUUUCGCCAAAAUGUGGACGGUUACAACCAAUAGCAUAUAUGAAAGUAUUUUAGCCAGAGAAAACGAAGUUCACUGCUGGUCGAACAGGGGCACUUUAAUUGAGGUAACGCAAAAGACCCAAAAAGUGUUGAAAAAUUGCGGAUCAAAAAUUCGGAUGUUUACUUUCGUCAAACCAACCGACCAAACUUUUACUACCAUUAACGAAUUUGAUGUAAUGAGAAUUUGGGAUACAUCUACAGGAAAUUUAAUAGCUGAAAUCGAUUUGGACAGCCAUUCAACGAGUAUAAACGCCAAUCCACUUUAUCAUUAUGUCGCCGUCACGUUUAAUAAUGGUAAAAUAGAAUUAAGAAAUGCCGAUUCUACAGACGACAGUUUAAACCUUAUUGCAAAAAUGGUGUUAUGCGAUGAAGAGCUAUCUGCUAUUAAAUUUUUCCCCAAUGGUCAAAAUUGCAUAGCAGUAGUUUACUCUACAGGCUGGUUUUUUCAUAUUCAAGUAAUUUUGGGUCAAAGCUGUACUGUAAUUAAAGAAUUUCACUUAAAUAAACAAGUUAUCGAUAUAGAAACAGUGACUAACGAUAAAACACCAUAUAUAGUGGUGUUAUAUAAGACAAAAGAUGACGAUAAAAUCGCCGGGAACAACGUUGUAAUAUAUAAUUCUGAAUUCAAAAGUGUCUUUCAAUUGAAAAAUAAUGAAAAUUACUUAACAUCAGUUUCAAAUUGGCCACCGCUAAAGACACCUAAUUUACUGCGGAUUGCCUUCACCGCAUACCUUGGGAAGCACAUACAUUUGAUGAUUAUAAACGUGAUCAAGUGGAAAAUACUGGAGGAAGAAAUUUUACCGUUGGAUCACGACCUAAACGACGUCCACUUGUCCGUGUGGAAAAAGCACUGCGUCACUUAUAGCUGGGAUGGCACAUACAAUCUGUAUGAUUUUGAUGACAACGGUCAAUGGAUCAAAAUUGUCAGGGCAUCAUGUAGCGAUUGGCAAACUGGCGGAUUGAAAACCGUCGAAGUCGAUGCCAGCGCUCGAAACAUGCUGGUGCUAACUAAAAAUGGGGACGUGUUGUGUAUUAGUUUUAUAGAAGGCUGUACACACGGCAGGGUACGCCAUCUUGUAGACACACCGAUUAACGUGGACAACAAAAAAACUGUUGGCAUCGGUAACGAAGUAACCGAUGAUAAUCCAAAUCGAAUGACAUGGGAUAUGAUAAAUAAACAAAAUCAAUUGGAAACUAGUAAAAUAGUGCACAAAAAGACGAUAAAUUUAAUAAAACAAGAAUUUGAAACCAUUAAAAUAGAACUGUCAAAGUUGUUAGAAAACAACAUUAACGGGCCGGAGGAUGAGAAAUUAACCAUAGAAGAAUUCGAUCUAAACGAAGAAUACAGAAAAAUGUUCCUAGAACAAUCCGUAAUAGAACGAGAAAAAUACCAAAUAAAUGUACUCGACGAUAUUGUUCAGUUCAAAACCGAGAGAGAUGCAAUUUUAGAGCAAUUCUGGGAUUCGUUUGUCGUCAAACCUAGAUCUAUACAAUGUUUGGAAAAAAUUUACCGAGUAAAGAACUAUUCGAUUAGUGCCGAAGAUCAGAAAAUAGUCGAAAAGGCCAAUUUCAUAAUAAACAAACGAGCUAAUGAAAGCGGAUAUCAUAGACAAAACUCGUCCAAUUUUCGGUCUUUAAAGAGCAAAUAUUCUGAUAAAUUAACCACUAAUCUGGAGUUUGCGUUAGAAGAACAAUCACUUUCCGAACAUCAUAGUAUCAAAGUAUCUAAAGACUCCAAUGAUAUUGUGUUAUUAGGAUCUAUUAGUCAUCGGUUUGUCGACGUCUCUGAACCGCUGAACACUCAACACGGAUACUACGAUUUGGAGAAGGCUGAAGAUGAAAUUAUUUUACUAGAGCACGUCAUCAACAAGUUAAAACGCCAAUUCAAUAAACUAUUCGAUGACACUUUCGAAGCAAAACAACUUCAAUUAGAUUAUCUGGAAAAAAGUAACGAACGGCUGUGGGUAAUAAACGACGAACUCCGAUUGGCUUGCAAAUUCGAGCCUACCGGAGAGCCUCCCAAGGAUUACAAAUGGCGUCAACGUGAACGCACCGAUCGGCUUGUAACUGUCGAGGACUACGAGGUUUCGGCAUUGCCAUACAUUUCUCCAAGUCAACAGAUGUUGAUUGACGCCGAGUUGGCAGAAGAAGAACGUAUCAGACGACUGUUGGCCGCCGACAAUUUUAGGCAACUGGCCAUAAUGGAGAUGAUGGACGGAGUGUUAGAAAAACGUUGGGAAGAUGAGUUGAAGAAAGACGUGCCGAAGCCAAAAUGCAUGUUGACAAAGGAACCAGAGGAAUACGUCGAAGAAGAUAUCCGUGCCGUGAACGAAUACGAGAAGGCCGUGGUGGCGUGGGACGAAGAAAGAGCAAAGUACAGAAAUUUACUGCAAGACGAACAGACCAAGUUGAUCCAAAAAAUGCAAGAGAGCAUCGAAACGUUUGAUAGUCGCGUGUUCGAACUGUUUAAGACUAAACUGAAAUACGAGUCGGCUAUAAAACAAGAGCAACUGAAAAUAAGCAGACUCAGAAAGAUGCUAAGCGAGGACAUACAUCACAUUGAACAAAUCGAACGAUACAAGAACGACCAGGAAAACGUUAUCAAAAUGAUCGACGAAACGAGCAGAAGAAUUAUGAAAACCGAUGCGAUGCAAAGCUCGUUGCUGAACACUAUUGAAACGUUGAAACAUAAAGACAACGUCCUUAAAAAGCGUUUUAAAUCAGAGUUUCCGUCGAAACUGAUAUACGAACAAGCGUUAGUUGCUUACAACCGACGACCAAAGAUACUGCAAGCUAAUACAACUUAUUCGCCUUUGAUCGGUUAUCAAUUUAUAAACGCUAUAAUGACCCCGAACAACAGCAAACUUAUAGACAUGUUAUCGUCGGAAUUCGUUCAGUAUUUGGACACGCUUAGAGCAUAUGACGACUACAAGUAUGUGGAAGACUAUAAGCUGAACAUGGACAAAGACACGUGGCAUAAAGUUUGCAACCUUAGACGGAUGAAAAUUGAAUCGGAGUUUAAAAUCAAAACGUUUCAAUUGGACGCAUCAGACAAAGCUAAUUUACUUGUGUGUUUAGAGCGAGAUAAAGAAGAUAAGACAUAUACGAUCGAUAAACUUAAAGCAACUAUAUUAGAUCUAGAAGACGAUAGAAACCUUUAUGAACAAAAUCCGCAAAUUCAAUUCGUAACGAAAAAUAGUUUUAUUGAAGUUGAAUUGACUGGACACUUAAAUGAUUUCGAUAAUACGGCAUUAGUAGACUUUGAUGAAAUAGAAACAAUAAAUAACGCUGUCAAAGAACUGGGCAAACGAAAGGUACACAUGUUGACUAACUUACUCAAAUACAAACGUAAAUGCACUAAGCUGGAAUGGGACCACGUUAUAUUAAAAAACGUCAAGAUAAAAUUGUGCGAACACCGGCUUCAUAUAAUUAAGGCUUUGAAAACUACCGGCAAUAUAUUGCACUACCUCAAGUUUAAAGCAAAGGGAGUAGACAUUGCUGAACACGCUCAACAAAAAGUUGAAAAGCAAAUAGCUGGAAUGAAAAUGACUUACAAAAAGCAAAUCGACGGAAUCAUUAGUAAUGUUCAAAAAAUAAAUGCUAAAAUAAAAGUCGUUAAAAAGGAUAACGCUGUUAUAGAAGAAAGAAUAAGUCAAAUGAACGCGCUAUUAUUAGAAUUAAAAAAGAAAAUUAGUCACAAUUUUAAUGAUAAACUGAAGUCCGCCAACGACGCAAGGAUGAAAAGUAUAGUUAAACGGACGAAAAUGAUGUCUAAAAUACAAGAAUUACACAAAGAAAUUGUAGUAUUGCACACAGAAUUGGAAUUAUUACUUUUGAAAACUUUCCCCACUUUAUUCAAUCUUAAAUUUUAA